GCCAACCAACCAGCCCAACCACCAGUUCCAACAUAAUUAAAAAAAGGGCGUCAAGGCGAACAAAUCGUGUUUCGAUAGUUUCCGUGAAAUGUGCAACUAACAUUAUUUUGAUUAUAGACGGAAACGCUAAAAUUAAAUUGUAAUGUUCUUACAUUUUUGAAAAGGAAGUAAAGAUGACAUACGUCACAUAAUGUAGUAUCGUGUCGAAUGGGAAGUUACUAGUCGUGAUGUUAAGGAGGCGGAAUGGGUGAUGGUUGAUUUAUAUUCCGGUUUAAAUGUGAAUAGUUGUAGGUCAGAUAGCAAUAUUGGCGGUAGAAUAGGUGUUUCGGUAUGUGGCACAGUCAGGCCGUGUUAUGAAUAAGGAAUCAUUGUUGGCUCGAGCUGCCGAGGAGCGGGAGCGUAUCUUUCAACGGUACGAGAGGGGUCGGGAGAACCUCGCCGGACAGAUAGACCCUUGGGAGGAUCCAGAAUAUGAGACAUACCAUAAAACUGAUAGAUAUGGAUUUAUCCACGACGAGCGGUUGCCUCAAAAAACGGCGCCGCAAAAAAUCAACAUCGAAGUCGAAAGAGAAAAGAAAUGGGUAAAAAUGUUAAAAAACUGGGACUCGCCAUCAACCAAAGAAAAACUACACAAGCGUACAUACAAAGGCCUGCCACUCUCGUUACGACCGCGAAUAUGGUGCAAAUUACUUGACAUCAAUCGAAUAAAAGCAGAGAAACUUGGUAAAUAUCAGGAAAUGUUGAAGCUAGCUAAACAAUGGUCUACAGAAGUGAGGCAGAUAGACUCUGAUGUAAAUCGUCAAUUUAGAGAACACCAAUUCUACAGAGAGAGGUAUUCAGAAAAGCAAUGUUCGCUGUUCAACGUACUGUGCGCGUACAGCAUGUACAACUCGGAGGUGGGGUACUGCCAGGGCAUGUCGGGGCUGGCCGGCGUGCUGCUCAUGUACAUGGACGAGGAGGACGCCUUCUGGGCGCUGGCCACCCUGCUCUCAGACAACAGGUACAACAUGCACGGACUCUAUAUCGAAGGAUUUCCCAAGCUGACGCGAUUUUUAGGCCAUCAUGAUAAGAUACUCACAAAGUUUAUGCCCAAGUUAAAACAGCAUUUUGAUAAGUAUGGGUUGGAUGCAAUACUAUAUUCACUCAAGUGGUUCUUUGUAUGUUUUGUGGAGCGUGUGCCCUUCAGUUUGUGUUUGCGAGUGUGGGAUAUAUAUCUUCUCGACGGCGAGAGAGUGGUCACUGCCAUGGCGUAUACGAUACUCAAGCUUCAUAAAAAAGCUAUAAUGAAAUUGAAUGAUAUGGAUCUUAUUGUUAAUUAUAUUCAGGUAAAACUACAUAAAGACUUUGGUUUCGAGGAUGAUAUUGUGAUAGUAAAUCUAGAACGUUCGAUGGAGGAGCUCCGGCGAGCCAAGUUGGACUACCCGGGUCCGCCGCCGCCCAGCGAGCUGCCGCAGCGGCCGCUCGGCGUGUUCGUGGAGCCCGACGACAAGUCCAAGAUCGGGCAGCGCGCCGACACCUUCUCCGAUACCGAGAAACAAGCCAGAGCCACUGUGAUAUUAAGACGCGAGAAAGCCGCGCUGGAGCUGCAGGACCUCCGCGUGUCGCAAAGCGACACCGUGUCAGAGCACAGCGGCGUGGCGGGCGGCGCGCGGUGCGACGACUCGGUGUCGGCGCUCGGGUCGCGGCGCUCGCUGGCCGACACGUCGGUGACCAGCACGGCGGACCUCAGCGUGUUCUCGAGCGGCCGCUCGCACGCGCCCGACAACUCGCUCGACACGCACAGCAACGCCAGCGACGACGGCACUGGGUCAGAUGGGUCCGGUAUUUGCGGGCUGAGCAUCCAGCGGGCGCCGUCGACGACGCACUCGACGCCGCGCGCCACGCCGCACCCGCCCUCCACCUCUCCGCUCUCGGACGACGUAGUGCGUAUACACGUCACCUACAAUCCACUCGCGGCUAGCCCUUCCCACCUUCACCCGAUCUCACCCUCCAAGUACAAACCUUACUCCGAAGAACACCACAAACCGCUCUCGCUCGGUUUCUAUGCGAGCAACGGAGCCAGUAAUAUGCCAUCCGAUAACAGAAUCAGGAUACAAGUGCCGUCCGAAGAGCUUUUGACGCCUGUCGUCGACUCCGGAAGAAUUAUAACGCAACGGUACAUAGAUACGCAUUCUGACUUGUACGAUUUAAAGUAAGCCACUAGUGUUUAGGUAUAUUGAUCUGAACUUAGGUUUUUAUUGGAGAGGAAUGAUCAAUCAACGCAAUAUAAAUAUAGUAAAUUAGAAUCUCUUCCCAUCCCUGAAUCUGAUCUUUGUAAAGUAUUAUUUUGUCAUUGUGUGUAAUUUGAUUGAAGCCGAAUGAUUAUGAAAGUAUGUCAGUUUAUGAAUCGAGUAGCAACUGUAACGUCACGUCAUCAAUACUUUGGAUAGAGUCUGUUUCAUGUAAGAAUUAAUUGUCUAUGUGCUGCCAAUUGCCUGAAAGCAAUAAAAAGUUAGGCAAGUAGAGUAAAUUUCCACAAAACCUUCCAAACAGCUCAUUCCAAAUGGCUACAAUGUGAGACGCCAUAAUUGUAAUUUUUUAAUGAAAUGUUGCGUUUAAAUACGGAGUUGUAUUAUUUUUAUUAAUAUAGAGAUUCAAGUGACAACUUUGGAUGAGGCGGUAGUUUUUAAUUAUUCAAAAUUUAUUUCUUCAUUGCCAUUUUCAUUUCUCUUUUCCUGUCCUAUACUUAAAUAAUAUUAUGAUAUAAAUUUCAAUAAGUAAAACUACCCUAUUGUUGUAUUCGCGUGGUGACGCUCAUCUGAACUGAUAGCAAGUUUAGGAACACUCAGUCAAUUUCAUGAUCGCGUAUUUAAAUUUAUUUGUGUAUAUACAAAGGUGUUAAUAUAUUUAAGAUGUAGUAAAUACAGUUCAAAUUAAGUCACACGUUGUUAGAAAUACUGUCAUAUUGCUUUAUUUGUAAGAAAAUUGCGCUCACAAUUAGAAUUGUGGUCAAGUGCAGUGUUUACAUAACACUAAAUGUAAAAAAACCAGGCAAGUGCGAGUCGGACUCGCGCACGAAGGGUUCCGUACCAUAAAGCAUAAAAAAAAACGGAAAAAAUGCAAAAAGAAAACGGUCACCCAUCCAAGUACUGACCACGCCCGACGUUGCUUAACUUUGGUCAAAAAUCACGUUUGCUGUAUGGGAGCCCCACUUAAAUCUUUAUUUUAUUCUGUUUUUAAUAUUUGUUGUUAUAGCGGCAACAGAAAUACAUCAUCUGUGAAAAUUUCAACUGUCUAGCUAUCACGGUUCGUGAGAUAUAGCCUGGUGACAGACAGACGGAAGGACGGACGGACGGACGGACGGACGGACAGCGAAGUCUUAGUAAUAGGGUCCCGUUUUACCCUUUGGGUACGGAACCCUAAAAAGAUCUAUGAACCAACCAAGUGGUUUAUAAUGAUUUAAGAAGCCUUAAUUUAGAGCAAAAUUAACGUAUGUACAUAUGUAGGUAAUGCAGAUUUUCAAGUCCUACCAAAAAUAAUAAUAAUAAAUACUGGUAUCUGACUUUUACCUAUUUAUUAUCGCUUAAAGUCUCUAAUUAAUCUUAUUAUACAAAGUUCAAAUUGAAAUGUACAUAAUUAUUCUGUCUUGGUGAUUGCGAGAAGAUAAUUAAAAAAAAAUGUGUGUCAUAGAUGUACAGGUUCAAAAUGUUCGAUGCGUUUAUUUUGUAAAAAGCAAUGUGAUAAGCAAUAAUUUCCUUUAAUAGCUGUUUAGUGAAUGAUUGAGUUCGCACGUUAGUUAGAUCCUGAGGAUUAUUAAUAUGGCUAUACUGGUGUACAGAUAUUUAUAUAGAAACAAACAUAUUAAUCUAUACUUAUUUGAUUAUAGUGUAAUAUGAAGUACCUUGGUACGCUUAUUUCUACUUGAGGAAAUUCGGAACGCUGUUUGGCUCGUUUAUAAGUACAUAUAUUGCGAAAUUAUCGAGGUAUCUCUCCAAUACUGAAAAAUACGUAAGUAGAUAAUUCACAUAGCGAAUCGCGGGGGCUACCAUUUAAAUUAAAGUAAGUCACGUGAAACAAAAACGAUCUGCGGUUUUUACAAGAUGCUUGUUUGCAUGGAUUAAUUUCCGUACAAACACUUAUGACAUAGUUGAGCGUAAUUGCAAUGUAUCGCAAAAGUUUCUAUAUGUAUGUAUAACGUAUGCUGUUCAUAGAUUUCAAGCAGUUUCUAACUAACCUACUUGAUUAUAAUACGCAUUAAAAUUCUCAAAUAUCUAAAAAUAAUUUAAUUAUUUUACAUAUGUAUAAAAAAUAUAUAUAAAUAAUUAUGACACCUAUACAAGCGUUGUGCUAAUAAACUACCUACAUAUUUAAUUUGAUUUGCACUGAAUAAUGGUAGUAUAUAAUUGUAAAAGAUGUAACAAUUGGAGCUGUUAACAUUUUUGAAAAGUUUUGUAUGAAUAUUGACGCUCGGGCAUUAACUAACUUCCAUAUACUUAUGCCAGUUACAAAACUUAAAAUUAAACGUGCCUGUAAACAAAAUGUGUACCUUGCAUAUUUGUCGCCUGUUCAUAGAGCGUUAAGGGGCCCACUGAUUAACAGUCCGGCGGACGGUAUCGGCCUGUGAGUUAGAACAAAAUUUUGACAGUUCCGAACAAGUGACAGACCGAUACCGUCCGGCGGACUGUUAAUCAGUGGGCCCCUUUACUGGGGUUAUCCGCAGAUGGUCUAGAACGCAAAAUGACUAGUGUGUCGUUUUACUUAAAUCGCAAUUAGUCUACAUCGCAAAAGGUCUAGAACGCAAAAUGCCCGAAUUAUUUUAACUUUAGAGCGAUGUCGACGGAGCCCCGCGGAAGCUAUUCUUUGCUGUUUGGCCUUCGGCCAUUUGAAGAUACCUAACGAACCUAACCUACCUAUGUAAAAUGUAGUGAUAUAAAAAGUGGGCAUUUUGCGUUCUAGACCGUUUGCUAAGUAGACUAAUUGCGAUUUAGGCAAAACAACACUUUGCGUUCUAGACCAUCUGCGGAAAACCCCGUUACUGUAAUAAGGCUUCAAUUUUAAAUCAACCUAGCAACUUUUAACACCCGACAAUGUGGUACCUUAUGGCUGCAAACAUCUCAUAAUUCUUAUAUAAAAUCCUGUAACAACUCAUAACGCAGUUAAGCCUAGUCAUUAGUGACUAUACUUGCAUUUAGAUGGUUACGAAAUGUUGUACGGUCAGCCAAGAAAGUGGUCUAUCACUUUUCGAGUGGUAAACCACUUUCUUGGCUGACUGUACUACCAAUAGCCGCAGAUCUGCACACCUAAUGAAUACUAUACAUAUUGACUAAUAACUAUAUGUAUUGUAACAUUUGUAACUUCAAGCUCUCCAUUUAUUUAAAGAUAGUAUAUAUAAGGCCCACUUGCACCAUUCCACUAAUCCGGGGUUAAUCGGUUAAACCGUUAUCCUAGUGUCAAAUUGUACUGGUAACCAUGGUAAUUCCAUUUUUUUACCGGUUAACCUCGGGUUAGCGAAUGGUGCAAGUGGCCCGAAGUGUUCACUGAAAUGUGAUUUACGCUGAAUCUCUUCAAAGACUUGGAUAUCAUAACAUUAUGCUCCAUUAAAAAUAUAUAGGUAAUAGAUAUGUUUUCUUCCUACACACAUUGUGUACAUAUAUUAUGUUACAAUACAAACCUUCGCAACAGUAUUUUUUGUAAGUUAGCAUAUUAUUUUUUUGUACAAAUAGUAAAUGGCUAUCUGGCGCAUGUUAAUAAUAUUUUGUAGCCGAAAGUACUCAAUGUUUAUACAUAUAGGAGUUUCUACAUGGCCAAUAAUGGCACAGGGCUGCAUAAGGAUAUUCCGAUAAAACAUUUGAACAACUGUAAUAAAAAUGUGAGAAAAUAUUUAUGGAUUGGAUUAUUUUAGGACACCUGGGUAUCAUACAUAAGGCCUGAUUCGAAACAAAUUUGACAAAUUCAGAGUGAUUUUUCUUGGAUAUUUUCUAGCUUACUUUAUAUAUACACUACGACAUUAUAAUUAUCAGAAUCACAAAAUUAUUAUACCAAAAAAAUUUUUUUUUAUCAAUUCUAUGAUGAUCAAAAAAAUCAAAUAAACGCCGCCGUCUUUUUAAUUAGGCGCCAAAUUGCUGUCAAAAACUUGAUAAGUAUGGAAGAAACUUGCACAUAACUAAUUUCCAACAUAACCUGUUACCUAAUAUUAUACCAAUACUGAAAGGUAAUUUCAUUGCAAUAUCCAUGAAACAAUGAGGAUCUAGACAUAUCUUCAAAUAUCUGGCGUAUCAGGAAUUUCGUCGAUGUGGUGUCAGUUACCGGGCAUUGGUUACUUUUCGACAGAGAAAUCAACACCAACAUCACUAAAAGAAACGGUUCGCAGCUUUAGUUUAAUAAUGCGGAUUUCCAAUAUUACUUUGAUAAUAUUUGGAGAUGAUCCACGAUGUUUAUGAGGCAAUCAGCAUGCUUAAGCCAGUACCCUCGAAAUCGGACCAAAAAACUUGAUUCAACAAAGUCCCACAGUAUUGACCUAUUGAACGGUAUGGAGUGGAGUGUCCAAGGAAUUAGUUCGUUAAAACAACAAAAACUAUAUGCAAUAUAAUAUUUCAAAAUAAACAUUGUUCUUGAUAGGACUCAAACUAAGAAACUGUCAAAAAACACUGUCGGAUGUAUGAUGGAGGGCAUACAACAAAACUAACGACAGGAGCGGGAAGAAAUGGAAAAUGAUGAAUUUACUUAUAAAUAACAAUUUUUAAACAAAUUUUCAAUAAAUUAUGGAAAAACAAAUCUUGAUUCAGCUAGCUUCAGUACCAUUAAUAGGGUUUUCAAUUUGGCAGAUUGAAUUCGAAUCAGGCCUUAUAUGACAGGAGAAUUCUUAGCAUUCUAUCGUAUCAAUUAUCAUUUCAUUCGAUGAACAAUUAACUGUUAUUUUUGUAAUAUACCAUGACAAGUACUUGUUACGUGCCUAGCCCAGUGGGGACAAAAUAAUUUAUUUCCAUUAGUUACUUUUUUAAAAUUUAAAUACUUAAUAGAUAUUAUAAAACAUUAAUAGUACAA